UUGCGCGCAAAGUUGGAUUUUACGCCUGGAUACUUGUCGCCAUGGGAGGAAGACGCAGACGAAACGACGAGGACUUCAGCUUCGUCAGUCCAGUUGUCAAAUACCUACUGUUCUUAUUUAAUUUCAUAUUCUGGAUAAUCGCCCUGGUGAUGGUGUCGAUCGGAGUGUACGCCCGCAUGAUGAAGCAUGCAGAGACAGCUCUGGCGUGUCUGUCCGUGGACCCUGCUGUAAUGCUGAUGGUCGUGGGGAUCCUCAUGUUCUUCAUCACCUUCUGUGGCUGCGUGGGCUCCCUGAGGGAAAACAUCUGCCUUCUGCAGACAUUCUGUGUCUGUCUGACGGUCAUCUUCAUGCUGCAGCUGGUGGCUGGGGUGCUUGGCUUUGUCUUCGCUGAUAAGGCUCGUAACAAAGUGACGGAGAUGAUCAAUAAAGCCAUCAUCCACUACAGGGAGGACAUCGAUCUGCAAAACCUCAUUGACUUUGGUCAGAAAGAGUUUGGCUGCUGUGGUGGUGUUACGUUCACUGACUGGUCCCAGAACAUGUACUUCGACUGCAAGCAGAGCAACCCCAGCAGAGAGCGCUGCUCCGUCCCCUUCUCCUGUUGCAUCAUGCCCCCAGACAAGGUGGUUAUCAACACCAUGUGUGGACAAGGCAUGCAGGAGUUAGAGUACACUGAGGCUGUAAAGUUCAUCCACGCCAACGGCUGCAUAGACAAACUGGUGGACUGGAUCCACAGCAACCUGUUCCUGCUGGGAGGCGUCGCCCUGGGACUGGCCAUACCACAGCUGGUUGGCAUCCUCCUGUCUCAGAUUCUGAUCAACCAGAUCAAAGACCAGAUCGAGCUGCAGAACUACAACGUCAAGCACCGCUCCGACCCCUGGAGAUGACCCGGGCCAGAUCACACCAGGUUCUCCUGAACAGCACCAGAAACUUGGUGCUGCCGGCAGGCGUCCCUGCCAUCGCUCUGUAGCACACAUACAAACAUCUUUCAUCUCUGCCUGGAUUUAGACUUCUUCUUUGUUGCUCUGAACUUAGAAACACAACGCGUGUGUUAAGUGAAACCACUGAUGCUGUGAGAGGGGCGUCAGGACACAGGAAGGAAACUGAUCGAGGAACUGGACUCUGUCGCCACCUACUGGACAAAGACCAUGCUCUACCAAACUAAACAAAAAGCAGAGACAGGAUGGGUGCCUGGUGCUCGGGGUCACAUUGACGGGGAUCACUGACCUUUACGUCAGCUUUUUUUAAAAAUCAUUUCUUUUAUGUCAAAGAUGCCAAAUAGGUGUGUUAAUGCAUAUAUAUGUAUUUUUUUGUUCCAGCAGGAUCCACGUUUUUGUAAAUAUUAAUAAACUGACUGAAUUUCAUUUUUUUAA